GGCCGGCUGUCAAAUACUACGACCCCAUCCCCCGAUUCCAACCCCACGAGAACCCAAAGUCCCAAACCAAACGGCCGAACCCCUGUGCCGCGCAGGCUGCUGCAAUGCUCUCCGUCUCCGCCUCCGAUGGCGAUCGCUCGCCGUGUCCGGUGGAGGCACGCCGCAUCGUGGUUACCCACCGCCUCCCCCUCCACGCGGAGCCCAAUCCCGACGCGCCGUACGGCUUCGAUUUCUCCCUCGACGCCGACGCGCUCCCGCUCCAGUUGGCCCGCGGUCUUCCCCGCCCUGUGGUCUUCGUCGGCGCGCUCCCCUCCGCCGCGGCGUCGAUCUCUGCGUCCGAGGAGCUCGAGGCCGAUCUCCUCGCGCGCUUCGGCUGUAGCCCGGUGUUCCUGGACCCCGGCCUCCACAAGGACUUCUACGACGGAUUCUGCAAGCGCUACCUGUGGCCGAUGCUCCACUACCUCCUGCCGUUCACGCUCACGCCCUUCUUCGGCAGUGGCGGCCUGAAAUUCAAAGCGAACCUCUACCGCGCCUACCUCACCGCCAACACGCAGUACGCCGAACGCGUGCUCGAGCAACUCAACCCCGACGAGGACCUCGUUUUCAUCCACGACUACCAUCUGUUGGCGCUCCCCACCAUCCUCCGCCACAAGUCGCCGCGCGCCCGCAUAGGCUUCUUCCUCCACACGCCCUUCCCCACCUCCGAGCUCUUCCGUACAGUCCCGGUUCGCGAGGACCUCCUCCGAUCCCUCCUCAACGCCGACCUCGUGGGCUUCCAUAACUACGAUUACGCCCGCCACUUCCUCUCCGCCUGCACUAGGCUCCUCGGCGUCACCAGCCACACCCAUCGCGGCUACAUCAGCAUCGACUACUGCGGCCGCGCUGUUUCCGUGAAGAUCCUCGCCGGUGGUGUCGACAUAGGCCAGCUACGUGAGGUGUUGUCGUCGCCCGAGACUGAAGCGAAGGCCAAGGAGGUUGCCACGAAGUUUGCCGGUCGUCAGUUGUUGCUCGGAGUAGACGAUGUUGAUUUGUUCAAGGGGAUUGGCCUCAAGCUCUUGGCUAUGGAGAGGCUGCUAGAGUCGCAGCCGGAGCUACAUGGCCAGGUGGUGCUCGUGCAGAUCAACAACCCGGUGCGGAGUCCUGGGUAUGACACCGACGAGAUUUGUGCGGAGCUGCAGGCGAUGCGUAAGCGGAUCAAUGCCCGCUUCGCGACGCCGGCGGGGUAUGAACCGAUCGUGAUCAUCGAAGACCCCAUGACGAUGCACGAGAAGCUGGCGUUCUACACCUCGGCGGACAUCUGCCUCGUCACCGCGGUGCGCGACGGCCUGAACAGGACACCGUACAUCUACACCGUGUGCCGGCAGGAGGGUCCGAUCUCCAGUGGCGUGGUGGGGGCACCGAAGGAGGGCGCCAUCGUCCUGUCCGAGUUCGUCGGGUGCGCGACGUCCCUGGGCGGCGCGGUUCACAUCAACCCGUGGAACGUGGACGCCGUUGCUGAGGGGAUGCACAUGGCGCUGAGGUUUAAUGGGCGCGAGAAGCAGGUGCGGCAAGAGAAGCACUACAGGUUUGUUUCCACGCACGACAUUGCCUACUGGGGGCGAUCGCUCGACCAGGACCUGCAGAGGGCGAGCAAGGAUCACGCGUCCAUGAAGUUUAUGAGCGUUGGGCUCGCCAUGAGCUACCACAUCGUCGUGCUUAGUCCCAACUUCCAGAAGCUCUCACCUGAGCACAUCAAUCCAUCGUACCAGCGGGCAGGCAACAGGCUCAUCUUACUGGACUAUGAUGAAACAGUAAUGUUCCAUCCGGGGCUGCUCGACAGACAUCCUAGCCAGCGGUUGAUUGGCAUCCUGAAUGAACUGUGCUCAGAUCCAAAGAAUACUGUCUUCGUAGUCAGUGGGCGGAGCAAGGAUGAACUGGCUCGAUGGCUUGAGCCCUGUGAAAGACUGGGGAUCUCUGCAGAGCACGGCUACUUCACAAGGUGGAGCAGGUAUUCCCCAUGGGAGUCACCCGACCUGAAGGUAGACUAUGGUUGGAAAAAGAUGGUUGAGCCUGUGAUGGACCUUUACGUGGCUGUAACUGACGGGUCAUCCGUUGAGACUAAAGAAACAGCAUUGGUCUGGCACUACGAGGGAACUGAUCCAGUUUUCGGACCAAGUCAGGCCAAGGAGCUCCGGGACCACCUGAGCGACGUGCUUGCCAAAGAGCCUGUAUCUGUGAGAAGCGGCUACAAUAUCGUGGAGGUUAAUCCUCAGGAGGUGGACAAAGGAACCGCCGUGCAGAGAAUCAUUGCGGCCAUGAGAGAUCGGGGAAGAAUGCCAGACUUCAUCCUAUGCGUCGGCGACGACGCGUCCGACGAAGACAUGUUCAAGGCUGUCACUGCACCGUCCAACAAGUCCGCGUUCCCAGAGGAUGCCGAGGUAUUCGCUUGCACCAUCGGAACCAAGCCAAGCCUGGCCAAGUACUACCUGGACGACCCCGUGGAGGUACUGUCGAUGCUCAAGGGCCUGAUCAAGUCGUCGGUGGAGGAGCGUCCCGGGGACGGGGAAGGGCCGUCGCGGGUCUCGUUCGACUGAGAGAAGAGGCUCAUUUUGUCGAGAUAUUCUUCGUUCUUUUUUGUAACAAAAGGGUUAGGAAAAUGGCCAGGAGGGUGCAAAGGAAGAAAACAAAAAUCCACUAGGCUGAUAGGUUACUGAUGGCUGAUCAUUAGCGCGAAUGACAACAGGGUUCUGGUUCAUUUUUUGCAAUCCUCAGUAGUAGUAGUGUCCUUGUACAAUUCCUCAGAAAUUUUGUCCAAAGAUUGGAACGAAGGAAAGACAGGGUACAAAGAAAUCA